AUGUGCUUUCUGUUCGGAGUUGUUCGGGGGGACUUCUUUCAAAACAAACCAAAACUCUAGUUUUUAUGGUUAUGUUUAAAUUAUAAUAUUUAUUAUUGUAAUUGUUAAUUAGUGAAAUUAAAUAAUAUUUUGCGAAAAAAUGAUAUCAGGAAUACUCUCCUCCCUUUCCAGAUUAUCCAUUGGCAAUGUACAAGGAACCGGAAGAACUUUCACUACAAAUACAAUUCCUCUUUAUUUCAAUGCAACACAAAUUCUUUGUGCAGAACCUUUAAAAAAGAAAAGAAGAAUUGAUCCUGCUGUUCUAAAGCGGAGAUUUGAGAGAAAGACAAGAAAAAUGCAAAAAGAAAUUCGCAGAUUAGAAAGAGCUAAAAAAACUUUAAAACCAAUAAUGGAACUGGAGGUACCAAAAGAGAUUUAUAUGGAAAAGAAUUUGAGGAUAAGAAAAUUACCGAAAAUGUCGGAGGAAGUUGCAGCUGAGAGAAUUGAAAUAAGAGACAAGUGGGCUCAUUAUAAACUGUUGGAGUAUAUGAAAGAUAUGAAAACUUUGGAAAGUAUUCGAAAUUCUCAAGAGAAAGCACUAAAGGCUCUUCGAGAGGAAUCUGAAGAACUAUAUCAAGAAGCAAUACAAUUGGAUCUUUCUUAUUUACCGUAUGAAGUAUCAGGUCCAACUAUCACGCCACCCAUCGAAAAUUAUAAAUCACCAGAUGGAGAUCAUUUUGAUAUUACGAAAAAAUAUGAAGGAGAAUAAUAUAAAAAAUAUAUAUGUUAAUAAAUUUUUAGCUCGCAGAAUAAAUUUUGUUUCUUUUUA